AUGUCUCAAGCCGCAACAACACCAUCCACCGGCAGUACUUCCCAACCAAGUAGCAACACAACAUUCCAACAACAACUACCACAACAACCUGCUCAUCUCAUCAAUCCCAUCUACACCAAAAAACAAAAACAACGGCUGAUAUCCAUCCGAACCAGAAACAAACGAAAACUCCCACUCAAUGAAUCCAUCAUCUUUUUAAUUUUCUCGUUUAUGGACGGAAUUGAUAUUGAAAGUUGUUGCAAAGCGAGUCAUAUCUUUCAAAAUGUUGCUACGGAUGAGAGUAAAUUCUUAGAGUACUUUAUCAACAAGUAUGAUCCCUACACUACUUUUUAUCAUGACUACAAUCGAGUGAUAGUACCCCCUUUGAGUGCCCAACAACAACAACAACAAUCAGCAAGUACCAACCAACCCCAAGCUGUGGGUACAACAGCCACUCCAACCACACCUAUUGGAAGCACUCAGAAUACUACUACGACCAAUAACAACAGCAAGAAUAUGGCAACGGGAACUCCUCCGUUACUGGGAACAGGUUCUUCGCCAACACUACUUCCACUCUCUCCUCGUAUGACUGGUAAUUUUGAGAAUGGCUCUUCGGGAGUACAACCCAACAAUCCUCCACUCUCUUCAUCUCCCUCUUCAUCAUCCAUGGUGCAUCCGCUCACUCCCACUCUUUCCUUUUCUUCAUUUUCUACCUUGUUGCCACCUGUAAUGCCAAACAAUAAUAAUUUGGAACAACCACAGGGAUCACCCUUGAGUAAUAAUGAUGGAAGUAGUACUACUACUUGUAUCUUGUCACCUACGCUUAUUCAAAAAGAGGAACGAGAAUAUUACAAACGACCACGAUGUAAUUGGAGGAAUGCUGUCAAAUAUCGUGAGCAAAUGCAGCGAUUGUAUCGCAACGGACAAGUACAUCUCAUGAAAGUUUACACACAACCAGAUCUCAAAAUUUUAACGUUGAGCUCUUCCAGCUUGAAGGAAGCUAUCAAGGGUAAAGGUUGGAUCGACAUUGACAAUUCAAACAAUGACAAUAUUUCAUCUGCUUCAUCACAAAAGUUAGAUCAAUCACCUUUGGACGACACAGAAUCAACCAAGGUCACCAUUUUAAACACAUCAGUAAGACCUACUCUAGGAAAACGUACUGUUUAUGUCAGCGACGAAGAAGAGGUGCGCAAAGAAAAAGAAAAACUUGAAAAGGAACGAGAACGACUUGUUGAUGAAUUUGGAGGAAUUAUGAAUUAUUCAUCAACCAAUACUGGAGACUGGAAGAGUAAUGGUUUUCAUCUUAUGGAUGUUCGCUUAUUGGACGGAAGAGUAAUCCUUAAUACUCGUAAAAACUUUAGACACACUACCAAGCCAUUCAAACAUCACUUUUCAUAUGAUUUACUCACAUAUUCUCUCUAUAGUGCCAAAGAUUCACAUGUUGCAAAUAGACUUACAGGCCAGAGAAAACAAAUUUUGAAUAACAUGUUUGAGGAUGAUCUUCCAAUAUCGUCUAUGAGGGAGCUUCAUGAGACUCUACUUUCUGAAACAGAUGAUUUUAUUUAUGAACAAUGGGUUGCACGUGUCAUUAACUGUAGUAGUGAAUAUAUUUCUAGAAAUAGAUCUGAAAGCGGAGCAGCAGCCACAACUGCUGACAACAAUUUGUCAACAGCUCACUCACGUGCUGACUAUCCACCCUUCUCUGUUUUAAAUCUUAUGGGUGUUGUGAACACAUAUCCAAAAUAUGGAUCGUUCGGAACUGCUUGGUCCCCUUCCAAUCGUUCAUUUGGAUUUGGCUCGUUAGAAUUUUUAGAGUUUGAGAUUGAAGAAGACAUGCACAUUACUGAAAUUAGAAUUUUCGAAACAUUUUGUCCAGGAGGAGUUUUCAAAAUAUCGCUCUGGGACCGAACGAACCAGUGUUGGGACACUGUAUGGCUUGGAAAGCCCUAUGACACCAACUGUCGAAUGAUGGAGCGUGCCAGAGUUUUUGCUCCAAAACUUUUCACUCGAGACUAUGCCACGAAUCGAAUUCGAAUUGAUUUUGAUUUAAGAAAAUCUCCUUCAGGAUGGACAGAAGUUGAUGGAAUUCUCGUUAGAGGAUAUUUGUAUUAUAAGGAUAGAUUGCCUGUACUUGCUCGUCAACAAUUGCAAACCAAAAAAGACACCAUUAGCCUCAAUAAGGAAAUUUUGCACUUCCCAUAUUCAUAUCUUUCUCAUUCACCUUUUGACUAUCAAUUUGGAGUGCUGUGCUUUGUUUAUACCGAAUCUAGUUAUUAUCACAUCAAUUCAACACUUGUUGUCAUUGGAGGAACAGAAUUGUUAAAGGAUGAAGUUUUUUUGGAAGUCACAUAUUCUAAAGAUUACAUUGUUGCUGUGAAAUUAUUGAGCAACAAAACUUGUAUGGUCGUAGUGAAAAUGGCUCGUGUUCCAGUCCAAUAUUGUGUUCAUAUUUAUGACAUUACGCUGAAAAAACUUACAAAAACAUUUGAAUUGAAAGAGUUACCAACUGACUCCAAAGAAAUCAAAUUUUGGGAAUUGACCCAACAAAUUAUUGCAUGUGCUGUAGAUAGAACAAUAUAUGUUUACGAUGUUAGCCAUUCCAGCUCCGUCAAUAACUGGAGAUUGUUGCAUACACUCGACACUCAUCAAUCCACCAUCACGUCACUUUCCCUAAAUACUGAGCUCAUUGAUUUAUGUAAUGUUUUGGUUUCAGGAUCAGCAGACAAGACUGUAAAAGUAUGGAGUUUGCACACUGGUAAUUGUCUCAUGACUUUACUCCAUCCUGGCCCAGUAUCUUGUGUCAAGAUCAUUGCAGCUGGAAGCAUGGUCGCUACGGCUUGUAUCAACGAAUCUGUGAUUAGAAUUUGGAGCAUUUGUGGUCGUGAUGCUGGAAAAUUGGUUCGAGUGCUUGCUCUACCAACUCUUUCUUCGUGCAACGAACAAAUUUUCACACAGAAAGAAAUCUUCUUCGACGAGUCCUAUUUUAUUUAUUUUGAAAAAGGAACUAAUGAGUACAUGCUUGGUAGAUUUUAUGAAUCCUCAGAAAGAGAAGCAAAACAAGAUGGAACUGAGCAAAGCUUGUCAUCACAAACCGAGUACGAAACUUGGGUCGGUGGAAAGAACGUCAUCCUCAACAAGUACAAUAUUGUAAACAAGUACCAAGGAAAUGCUGACGCAUGUACAAUUUUGUAA